AUGUAUAAUUCAAAAUCUUUAUGUAUUUACUAUUUACAAAACCUUUAGAUCAAUAAGUUUCACCAAAUAGUGGACGUAUUUAAAAAAUAUCUGAAAAAUUGUCAACAAUAUAAAUUGGAGUUGAAAAUGAGAGAUUUUAAAAACUUGAAUAAGCUGAAUAAAGAAUUCAAUAAGCUGAAGAUACUUUUAAUGAAUUUUAAGAAUAAAUAUUCACUAAACUUAAUGGACUAAGAGAUCAAGUAUUUAUUAAACCUUAAUUCAAAAAGUUAGGAAAAUUAUAAAAAUAAGUAGAAGAAGAUAAAUUAGCUAAAGAAUAGGCAAAUGAAACUAAAAAUAGAGAAGUUUAAGCUUUAGAGAAGAAAUUUGAAAAUGCUAUUGAAAAUGAAACUUAAGCCAGAAAAGAAGGUGAAUCUAAAGUUCUUCGUCUUCUAGAAGAUAAAACUGCUUUAUUAAGAACUGAAGUCUAAAAAGAAACUGCUUAAAGAGUAGAUUCUAUAGAAGGAAUUCAUUAAGGAUUAUAAAAUGAUUUACCUAAAAUCUAAGAAGCUAUUAGAAAUGAAGCUAAUGAAAGAGAUGAAUCUGAUCAAAAUGUAUAUAAUUAUUCCAUCUUUAGGUUAUGAAAUCUAUUACUGAUGAACUUGUUAAACUUAGUAAUCUUAUUAAUGUAGAAAAGAGAAAUAGAGAUGAAAGUGAAUAAUCAAUAUUUGAAAUGCUUAAAGAUAUUGUUAACAGAGUCAAAGUAGAACUUGAUUAAGAAAAAAAAACUAGGUAAAAUUAUCUUAUUUCAACAAAUUAGAGAAUAAUCAGAAGAACAUCUUUUAAGUUUAUUAGAAGAUACCUGCAAUAAAUUAAGUAUUGCAGCAAAUCUAUGA